UUGCUCCAAACAAAAAAGUUCAAGCUUCGACGGUGUGCAUUCACUCUUCUGCUUUGCACCAGCACCAAGCUCACGCCCAGACUCAGCAUGGGGAACUUGGCGGCCAACGAGGGACUCUCCGUCUUUGUCAUUCUGGUUUGGCUUGCCAUUAACGCCUUCCUCUUCGUCCAUUUCUACAUGGCCUUUCUCGUCGACAAAUGGUUCUACACUCGUGUGCUGCUCGGGCAAGCUUUGUCCUGGGCCCGAGCUCCAGCCGCCUGUCUCAACUUCAACUGCAUGCUCAUCCUGCUGCCCGUCUGCAGGAACCUACUCUCCUUCAUGCGGGGAACCAUCCAGUUCUGCAGCCGCACAGCCGCUCGGCAGCUGGACCGAAACAUCACCUUCCACAAGCUGGUGGCAUACAUGAUCGCCUUUCACACAGCCGUGCAUAUUGUUGCACACUUGUUCAACUUUGAGUAUUUCAUGGACGCUCAGCUGAACCGCAACAGCAGCCUUCUGCCCUUCAUACUGUCUGAAAUUGGUAACGGCGACAACGCGUCCUUCCUCAACCCAAUCAGGUCCAAUGAAACGAACCCAACAAUCGUCAUGUUCACCACCAUCGCCGGUGUGACGGGUGUGGUCAUCACGCUGGCCCUCAUCCUCAUCAUCACUUCUUCCAUGGAGGUCAUCCGCCGGUCGUACUUCGAGGUGUUCUGGUACACCCAUCACCUUUUUGUCCUGUUCUUCAUCGGACUGGUAUUCCACGGCUUUGGGAGGAUUGUGCGAGGACAGACAUCGGCCAGCCUGACAACGAACGACCCACGCCUCUGUGCAGACCGCUUUGAGGAAUGGGGAAGAAAUGAUUCGGACUGCGCGGUUCCAGUGUUUGCUGGAAACCCACCAAUGACCUGGAAGUGGAUCGUGGGACCCAUGAUUUUAUACGUCUGCGAGAGGCUUGUUCGAAUCUAUCGAUCCCACCAAAAAGUGGUCAUCACGAAGGUGGUGAUGCAUCCCUCCAAAACUCUGGAGCUUCAGAUGAAGAGGAAAGGAUUCCACAUGGAGGUGGGCCAGUACGUCUUCAUCCAGUGCCCAUCUGUCUCCAGGCUGGAGUGGCACCCCUUCACCCUGACCUCGGCCCCAGAGGAGGACUACUUCAGUGCCCACAUUCGAAUAGUUGGGGACUGGACUCAGGCGUUGUAUGAAGCCUGCGGGGGGGACAAAACGGAGCCUCAAGAGGCUUGGAAAUUGCCCAAGAUAGCCAUCGACGGGCCUUUUGGCACUGCCAGUGAGGACGUGUUUCGCUACCAGGUGGUCGUGCUGGUGGGGGCGGGAAUCGGUGUCACGCCUUUUGCGUCCAUCCUCAAGUCUGUGUGGUACAAACGCAUCCAGAACAAAGACGUCUUCACCAAAAAGAUCUACUUCUACUGGCUUUGCCCUGAGACGCAGGCCUUCGAGUGGUUUGCGGACUUGCUGCAGUCGCUGGAGAGCCAGAUGGCGGCAAAGAGUGUGACGGACUUCCUGAGCUACAACAUCUACCUCACCCGCUGGAAGGAGCAAGAGGCGGCACAUUUCUGGGUACACCACGAGGAGGAGAACGACCCAAUCACAGGGCUUAAACAGAAAACUCUUUAUGGAAAGCCUAAUUGGGACAGCGAGUUUACUGGCAUUGCAUCCGAGCAUCCUGGAACCAAAGUUGGAGUGUUCCUCUGUGGGCCACCGCAGCUCGGCAAGUCGCUGGAGAAACAGUGUUUGACCCAUUCGGAAGCCGACGUCAAGUUCAUCUUUAACAAAGAAAACUUUUAACACUGCCAUCAACACCUGGGUCCAUAGUCAUCAAGAUGUGUUCUAACAUGCCUGUGAAUACUUGCAUGAAUCCAGGUUGUCCUCUCGGGGCAUUAAAUCGAUCGCAACUGGAUUCUUCUAGUUGUCUUCGAAGACGUGAUGUUUUGCCUCUCAUCUGGGCAGCGACAGCCUGGGGGGGUUCCUCUAUCUAGCCUUGGUGCCCGAAAUCAUGAAGCCAUCUCUGACGCAAAGCUAAACGUCACGUCUUCGAAAACAACCAGAUCCAGUCCAGUUGGGAUCGAGUCGACGCCCUGAGAAUUUUCUCUCAGGUAGCCUAAAAACGAUUAGCUCACAUCAUCUUUUAACCAGGAGCGUCUCCUCGUACAAGGAUUCUCCAUAAAUAAGGCUGCCGUCAAGCAAACCGAUCUUUUCUUGAUAUUUUGCGGAAGCUCUGGCAUCUAGCUCCCAGCAGAUGUUUUGCAAGUGUGCCAUUGUUGCACAAAUGCAGAGCAAUACACUUGGCGGUACUUUCCAUGUUGGCGUUGUUCUGCUUUAGCAGUGCAUCAAUUGUUGGUUUCACAACUACUUCUGUUUUUCUCAUUCAGUUGUCUCUCAUGCACUGUUGCGACCCAUUUCUCUCUCACUGGCCAUCACACCACAAUGUUCAUCUGCAAACAGGAAAGCUUUCACUUCUUCCUUCAGACCCAGGUGCAACAGAGUUCACCAAUUUGACUGAACAAAAAAUAACCGGAUUAUCUACAGUAAAAAUAACGGCAAAUUGCCUCCAGCAGCAUCUUAGAGCGAGACACACAGAUUGAUGACACCCUAGGUAAAAUUUGGCGAUCCAGAUUGCCUGUUUUUGUAGUGAACUUUUUUCAAAAUAAUUAUGAAAAUAAAACUAAAGAUUUGUUGGGGUUAUAGCUGUAAACUUGUCAAAUUUGCUUGCCAAUAGGCCUUUAAAAUGUAGAAUUUUUGUUGAUGCUUUUUCAGUAAUCAAUAGGAGCAUGAAAAAACAUUCUUUAAAAAUGCUAAUAUUGCCACUUUGCGGAAAAACGAAAUUUGAGUUACUGUUAAAAUCCUUGGGCACGACUUUAAAUUGUUCGAAAUUAUCAUAAAUGGAGGAUUCAAAUUGAAUGAACAUUUGAAUUUUUUUGUGGAUUUUUUUUCUCCUGUCUGUUUAGAUCACUGACAUCAACCUCCAAAAAGGUUUGAAAGCUGACUAUUAAAUUAGUUGAACAGCAUCAUUACAAAAACAAAAGAAAAAAAAUACACA